GCUACUGCACAUCCUUCCGUUCGUCAGUCAGUAUACGAUCGAUCAUCGGUUGGAGCGGAUCGGACAGACCAGGAAUAGCAGAACACUCACGCUGGGAUGGCAUCGUUUGAGCUUGAGAUUGCACCUCCGAGUGCCGAGUUGCUCGAGGUGGCGCGCCAGGAACUACGCGAAACGCCCGAAGUGCGAGCGGCUGCUGUAGAGGAACUGAGGAAGCUGCUGGCCGCAGCCACCGAUCUUAACUUCCCGGAUGACGAGGAGUUUCUGUUGAUCUUCCUACGCCCGACCAAGUUCUAUCCGGAGAGUGCCCUGAAGCUGAUGCGCAACAUUGCCGAGUUCAACAAGACGUACAAGGAUUCGCUGCACAAUCUGAUGCCGUCCGAUGUGAAGAACGUAUUCAUCGAGCAUAACAUCAUCAAUGUGCUGACAAAUCGCGAUCAGAAGGGACGCCGGAUAAUGGUGGUUAAUAUGGGUGAGACCUGGGAUCCGAAGGUGGUCAGCGAGGAGCAGAUCUUCCGCGUGCUGUACACGAUCCACAAGCUGGCAGUGCUGGAAGAGGCCACCCAGAUCAACGGAGUGGUGGUGAUCUAUGACUUCAAGGGAAUGGGCAUGAAGCACGUCAAAUCGAUGUCUCCUGGUGGAGCGAAGCGGCUACUCACUUUCAUCCAAGAGGCGAGCCCCCUGCGCGUCAAGGGAAUCCAUUUCAUCAACCAGCCGAUGAUCUUUAGCAUGGUCUGGACACUGUUCAAGCCGUUCGUCCAGGAUAAGCUCAACAAACGGAUGUUCUUCCACGGUGAUAAGCUAUCGAAGCUGCACGAGCACGUCCACAAGGAGUGCCUACCUUCGAACUAUGGUGGAUCGCUGCCGGCACUCACCUACGGUGGCAAGGAAUGGUACCCGGUGGCCGAGAACCAUUUGGACUUCAUCAAAAAAUUCAACUCCUGCGGGUUCAAGUAAAGGUCACAAAAGAUUCAUCUCUCCCCCCCAUCCCGAAAAGACUACAGCAAAUCAAUCGGAACGACCUUAUCAAAUGCAAAUGGUGUGCAAGAGAGAAAGAGCGACAGCAUCAGCAGCAGCAGGCAGCGAGGCAGAGAAUAAGAUUGAGGGCCGGCCGGCUAGCCGGCUGAUAAUGCCAGAAGACUUUGCGUUAUCGCACAGUGACGCUUGUUACGGAGACCUUUGGUGGUCGACUCUCUGUGCUGCUGCUGCUGCUGCUGCUGCUCGGUCAUGCUCCUGCGUCCUGACGUCAUGUGGUAUGGUCAUUUGAUAAAAACGUUUCUAUCAGGCUACCAGACUGACUGUUGGAGUUGGAGUGCCAAGUGCUAUAGUUGUUUAACCGUUUGUUAUGUGCGCCUUAUCGAAUAAACAGCGAAUGAAGUUUUUCUACGAAUUAACAACC